GAUCGCCGUGCACCCAAAGACGCGCACACCCCCACCCAAUUUUCAAGCGAGCAGCAUGGAUAAUCAAAGAACGAUGGCCGCUCUGUUGCAGGAAUGCAAACAGAUGCUGGAUCAGAUCUCACCAGAGGUGCAGCACCAGUCUAAGAGAGACGAAAGCAGGCAUCAGCAGUACAGAGCUUUGCUCCCUGAUGAUCUGAGGACCCUCAUCGAAGAGGCAAAGGAAAUGAAGUGGCCCUUCGUACCAGAAAAGUGGCAAUACAAACAAGCCGUAGACCUUGAAGACAAAAUAAACCUGAAAGAUGUGAUCAAUGCAAGGCUGCAUGAGUUACUGGUUUGUCUGAAAGCCUCCAUUACUACCAGUGACUAUGUGACAGCAGCUGCUAUUGUGUUCCUGAUUGACCGGUUCUUAUAUUGGGUUGAUGGCUCCAGCCAGCUUCUUCGGAUUGCCAAAAGGCUGCAUGAGCUCCAACCUACAACACCAAUUGCCCCUCAGCUGGUGAUUCGCCAAGCUCGCGUCUCUGUAAAUUCAGGUAAACUGUUAAAGGCUGAAUAUAUCCUUAGCAGUCUUAUUAAUGACAAUGGAGCAACAGGUGUGUGGAAGUACUCAAAAGAAAGUGACAGGAUCCUUGUUCAGGCUGUCUGUGUACAGAUAAGAGGACAGAUUUUCCAAAAGCUGGGGAUGUGGUAUGAAGCAGCAGAGCUGAUUUGGGCCUCAAUUUUAGGUUAUUUCACACUUCCCCAGCCAGAUAAAAAGGGAAUUGCUACAUCGUUGGGUAUCUUGGCUGACAUCUUUGUAUCGAUGAGUGAAAAUGAUUACAGCCAGUUUAAAGACAACUAUCAGUUUCACCUGAAUCUUCUGAAAGAGUUUGACCACCGUUUACUUUCAGCUGCUGAAGCGUGCAAGUUAGCAGCGGCCUUCAGCCAGUUCACACCACUGUUUGUGCUAACAGCAGUCAAUAUCCGUGGAAUGUGUUUGCUGUCUUACAGCCAUUCAAGUGAAUGCCCUUCCGCAAAGCAGAAGUUUUAUUUGUCCGAAGCAAAGGAGUCCUUUGAAAUUGGUCUCCUUAGUAAGAAGGACAAAGAACCAGUCACCAGCAAACAGGAGCUCCACAGUUUUAUCAAGGCAGCUUUCUGCCUUACAAAAGUGCACCAGAGGCUCUAUGGUGAGAGCGAGAGACUUAGUCAAGUGAAUAAGUUGUGCCAGGAAGCCUUACAGAAGCUGUAUGCUUAUAGUUAUUUGCCGCAUGCUGAAGAGCAGGACAAAGAACAGCUUGCCAAGGAUAUCAUAUGCCUUGUCAUGUUAGUUAAAGAGCACUUAAAUGUGCAGGAGUUCCGUAACUCAGAUGCCAAGUCCUACAUUCCAGAUAGCUACAAAACUGGUGUUGGAAAGUCAAUUGUGAACGGUGAAUUGAGCUUCAAGAAAGUCCUCGAAAUGUAUUCCCAGCAUCAUGCAGCAGUCUGUGAAGUUUAUGGAAGUGUUUGCCACAGCUACAAGAUGAAACCAGGAAGCCAAACAGGAGCCUGUAUAACAGCUUUGAAAACGGAAACCAAAAAUAUGGACACCAUGUGUACCACUGAAGAAAGAUCACAUCAUGGGAAAGACUCUGCAAAGAUCUCGCUUUCACAAAAAGGAAGGAAAAAUCGUGAGGGUUUUAAGGAGCAGACGCGGCAGAAAUUAUUCCAUGCCACUGCCCUUGAUGAAGAGGUAGAGUGCAUUCCUUCAGAAAGAAGUCAAAGACACACUGGUGGUAUUUCAAGUAAUUCUCAUAACAGGAGUGAAAGUUCCAGUUCAUUGAGAUCUUGGAGCAAAUUCUCCAAAUCUAGUUCCUUUACUAGUUGGGAGGAGAUUGACUGCAAUGAAAAUGAACUGCCCCAAAAUAAGGUACAGAAACAAAAGGCUACUGGAGGUAAGGAGCAAGAAUGUUCUGCAGCUUUGACCGAAGAUGCUGAAGAGAACUGCCAAAAGCCAGAUCCAUGUGUACUGUUUUCCAAAACUCAUCAGCUCUCUCUUCAAGAGCCUCAGAAUGACUGUUGUGGCUCCAUAACACAUCCCUAUCAGAAUAAUAUAGGCAGGACUCACAGAGUAACAGAAUCAUACCCAAAUCUCAGAGAAGAGCACAUAGAGGGAGCAGAGAAUGAUUUGAAGCAGUCACUCAGAGAAACCAGUAGCAGCAACCUCCAAAAUAGUAAUGAUUUUUUGAGUCCCACUUCUGAACAAGAUCCCAUUAUCCCAUCUUCAUUAAUGGAUUCCAGGACCAAGGGCUCCGGUGCCAUUUCUAACCAUAAUCUGUGCAGCAUUGGGAAAGGAAGCACAGAAAAUAUAAUAGAAUCAAUAUCUAGACAUUGUUGGCCAUUUGUUGACCCAGAAGGAGAAACAGUAGACACUACUGAAGAUGCACAGAUGAAUUCACACCUGCCUGGUGCCAGGAGGACACCUGCCUCCAUCAAUAGCAGCAUGCCCAAACUGGAACGUGACCGCUUUGUUCAAAAUUGGAUUAAUAAAUCGAACUCUGCAGUGCCUCCACAAAGCUCCACUGGAGUAUCUGAAAUUGACCCACAAGCAGAGACAACAGAAGAUUGUGAAUUUGCUAGUGAAUGUGGAAAGAAGCCAGCAGGUCAUCUUAGUGAUGUCUGCAUAGCAAGAGAUCAACCACAUCACAGCUCUGGGGCCACAAAUUCUCCUUUGGGGACAAAGAACCAGCCAUUAGUCAACCAGUCCAGUGACUGUGCUACAACGGAAGAAGAUGACGGUGAAAAGCUAAGGAACAUGUUGAGCAGCAGUCACAGUUCAAGCUCCUCUCUGAAAUCGUGGCACAAAGCAGCCCACUUUUCCAGCAGUUUUUCUGAAUCGGGGAGUCCUUCAUUUUUGAACUCUAGCAGCAGCUCUUUUGUCUUUUUGGAGAGGGCCAAAGAACAAACCCUACAGGCUCGCGUUCUCAGUGACGAUGACUAUGGCAGGCUUUUGUCAGGUGUAGACCACGCCUGGCUAAUGGAAAGAAUGAAGAAUACAGGGCUCUUUAGGCCAAACCUCUUCGGUAAAGCACACUCUGCCCUCCUUUUGAAAUUCUCCAAGAAAUCUGGGUUGUGGGCUGCGCAGGAAACCGCUGUAUAUAUUGGGGACUACCUGAGCGUAGCAAAGAAAGGCAGACAAAGGAAUGCUUUUUGGAUACACUUUCUGCACCAAGAGGAAACUCUGGGAAGAUACGUUGGCAAAGAGUACAAAGAAGAAAAGGAGCUUCUUCACCAUUUCAGUGAUGUGGAAAGACAAAUGACUGCCCAGUACUACGUGACAGAAUUCAACAAGAGGCUGUGUGAGCAAAAAAUCCUAACACAAAUCUUCUACAUCCCAUCAGCGGUCCUCUUGGUACUAGAAGGCAAGUCUAUACAAGGAUGUGUGAGUGUGGAGCCUUAUAUUCUAGGAGAGUUUGUGAAGUUAUCCAACAACACCAAAGUAGUAAAGCUGGAAUACAAAGCCACAGAAUAUGGACUCGCUUAUGGCCAUUUCUGCUAUGAGUUUUCCCAAGGCAGAGAUGUGGUGGUUGAUUUACAAGGUUGGGUGACUGGUAAUGGGAAAGGCCUCAUCUACCUGACUGACCCCCAGAUCCAUUCUCUCUCUCAGAAAGAUGCAUCAUGCCUGACAAACUUUGGGAAGAAGGGGAUUUGCUAUUUCUUCAACAAUCAGCACACAGAAUGCAAUGAAAUCUGCAGACGCCUUUCAUUGACUAGACCUUCAGCGGAGAAGCGAAACUGGCUUUGAGAAAAGAUAUUUCAAGUCACUUUUUGACCACAAAUCUAGAGAAUUUGUAGCGUUGGAUGUUCUAGCUAUGAUAUAGCAGUCGAGUUGGAUGCUUCUUAUGUGCUUUGUAUUUUAUUUUAUU